CUUCUUCUUCUUCUUCACUGCUCUCUCUGUACUUUCCCCAUCUCUGCUUUCGUUUUCUUUCCUCUUCCAUUAGUUUAGGCCACUCACAUUCUUGAAUGCUAGCCAGCAUUCAACCCAGGACUAAACCCAGACCACCCGAAUCUCAACUCUCCGAGUUUUGUCUGUCAAGCUGAGACAUACAAACUAGUUCAAACUAAAAUGCCCCAGACAGGAAAAUCCCCCCAGGAACUGGGUUUCGACUCGCUCACGGCCCGUUUCCGUGACUCAGUGAGUUGCAGCAACAGCAAUGAGGGUAGUAAGAACAAGCCCGAUUCCAAAGACCUCGAUCUGGGCUCGCCUGUCUCGCCGUUAAUGACCAGGAGCUCGGUGAAUGGCGUAAACAACAAUGGCGGUGGCGCCACGAGUUCGAGCUCCAGUUCAGGCUCUUCCGGUUCGGUUUCCAGCAAGACGCAGUUGGGGAGAAGAUCGGACGGCACACCCAACAACCACUCCGGCGAGCUUACUGUCUCCUCGGGAGCUUCUGAGAGCGUCCGAUCCGUCACCACGCCUCCAAAUUGGAGGCCGGCGCAUCGGAGAUCGGUCUCCGCCGGCCCGCCGUUGAUCUACUCCGGUAAGACUUUCACCGGGAUCAGUGGCAACAGUAGUGCUGGUGGAAAUAAUACAGCAACUAAUUCGUCUACAUCUUCGAGUUCAACCAGCGGAGGAACUGUGUUUCCCAGCGGCAAUAUAUGCCCCUCCGGGAAAAUAGCCAAGUCCGGAAUUGUCUGUAGGGCCAGCAACAAGACAGAUGUGUUGGGUUCGGGGUGCGGAAACUACGGACACGGCAGCAUUGUUCGGGGGAAUUCAAAAUCGGAUGUCGGCGGCAACUUGCAGGGGGAGGCAGUGACGGUUAAGAGGCAAUCGGGGAGUGCUGCUGAUCCGGAGGAGGUGAAGAAAGCUGGGAAUGAGCUGUACAGGAAGGGCCAUUUUGCUGAGGCAUUGACAAUGUAUGAUCGGGCAGUGUCUUUGUCUCCGGAGAACGCUGCUUACCGGAGUAACAGGGCGGCGGCAUUGACUGCGCUGGGGCGGCUGGCCGAGGCCGUGAGGGAGUGUGAGGAGGCUGUCAGGUUGGACCCUGGUUAUGGGAGGGCGCAUCAACGUCUUGGUUCGCUAUAUCUUCGUUUUGGGCUAGCUGAAAAUGCCUCCAAGCACUUCUCUUUUCCUGGACAAAGGCCAGAACAGUCUGAGUUGCAGAAGUUGAAGUCAAUGGAGAAGCAUCUGAAACAAUGUUCAGAUGCCCGUAAGCUUGGUGACUGGAAGAGUGUGCUAAGGGAAUCAGAGGCAGCUAUAGAAAUGGGAGCUGAAUCCUCUCCUCAGCUUGUAGCGUCCAAGGUAGAAGCUCUGUUGAAGCUCCAUAAACUCGAAGAUGCAGAAUCCAUCCUAUCAAACAUACCCAAGUUUGAAUAUUACCCUUCUUCCUGCUUGCAAACCAAGUUAUAUGGCAUGCUUGUUGAAGCUUAUGUACUCUAUGUCAGGGCUCAGGUUGAAAUGGCAUUUGGAAGGUUUGAGAAUGCAGUAGCAGCUGUAGAGAAGGCGGGUGUAAUUGAUUACAGUAAUGUUGAAGUUACAAGGGUAUCAAAUAAUGUAAAGAUGGUUGCAAAAGCUCGGUCUCAAGGUAACGAUCUUUUUAGUUCUGGAAGGUUUGCUGAAGCCUGCGCUGCUUAUGGGGAGGGACUCAAGUAUGAUAAUUCCAAUUCUGUUCUAUACUGCAAUAGAGCAGUUUGCUGGUCUAAGCUUGGACAAUGGGAACAGUCUGUUGAAGACUGUAACCAAGCGCUCAAGAUUCAGCCUCAUUACACCAAAGCCCUUCUUAGAAGGGCUGUGUCAAAUGCAAAGUUAGAACGAUGGGCAGAGGCAGUGAGAGAUUAUGAGAUCUUGAGGAGGGAACUUCCUGGAGACAAUGAGGUUGUUGAAUCUCUUCACCAGGCUCGAGUGGCAUUGAAGAAGUUCCGUGGGGAGGAACUUCAUUAUGUAAAGUCUGGUGGUGAAGUGGAAGAAGUUUCUAGUUUAACCAAGUUUAAAGCUGCAAUAUCAUCAUCUGGUGUUGCUGUCAUUCACUUCAAAGUUGCAUCCAAUGAGCAGUGCGAAGAACUAUCCCCAUUCAUAAAUAUGCUUUGUGUUAGAUAUCCAUCUGUGAAAUUUUUUAAGGUGGAUGUGGAGGAGAGCAUAGCCAUAGCAAAAGCUGAGAGCAUAAGAUCUGUUCCAACAUUUAAAAUUUACAAGAAUGGUGAAAAGGUGAAGGAGAUGGUCCGCCCAAGCCACCAGUUCUUAGAGGAUUCAGUGAGAACCAGUUUCUAGCAAGCACCCAUUUCUGGUCUCUCCUCGUAUUUAUAUGGUAAUUUUCCUGGUGUUUACCAUCAUUCAUAUCAUACUAGGAUUACCAUUUUUCACCUGUGACAUAAUCAGCUACUCAAUUGUUUCAUACUUUUUAAGGCAGAGAAAUCCUGCAAGAGAGAAAUACUCAAAAGAAAUAUUCAAAUAGCUUGUUAGUCCACAUUUGUGGAAUUUUAUAUAUGAUCAUUAUUCAUUUAAUUUCAUCUCUAGUUUAAUUCCAGCCUUUGGAUUCCAUUGGUUGUUUCAA